ACAAAGCAUGUUCAUGAUAUAAGGGAACAUGUUCCAACGUAAUUGAUUCGCGUGUUCUAACAUAUUCAGCUACAUAUUCUUCAAAACCUCUCAGAAAGUUAAGGUUCCCAAAAAGCAAAGGAGAAUUAGAAAGAGGAACAGUCAUUCCUGUCCACCUGGAAGUGCUUUCUCUAUGACAUCUUCAACAAGCUAAGCACUAAAGGACUCCUCAAGCAAAAGCCAAAGCCUAAAAACCUGACUUAAAUUACAAGUCAAUCAAAUCUCAAAUAGGAGGAGUUCCCUUUCUUCUUCUCUAUCCUUUCUCCUUUUCCCAUCUUCCUCAACUGUUUAUAUAACCUGCAACUAUAAUGGAUAUGAAAAUUACCAAAAUCCUAACAAAUCCAAUUGAAGUAAUAGCCAGAAAUAACCCAAAAUGGACAACCCUUCUACAUCUUCACCAUGCAGAGAAAGCACAUCAACAGAGAUUGUGUUCUUUGACAUAGAAACAAAUGUACCCAAUAGAGUUGGACAAAGGUUCUGGGUAUUAGAAUUUGGAGCAAUUGUUGUUUGCCCUCAGAAGCUUGUUGAGCUAGACAGCUAUAGCACCCUUAUUAGGCCAGCAGACUUGUCUGCUGUACCCUCAAGGUCUGGUCGAAGCGACGGAAUCACUAAGGAUGUUGUUGCAAAUGCACCCUUGUUUGAGCAAGUUGCAGACAAGAUAUUCAGCAUUUUAGAUGGCAGAAUUUGGGCAGGUCAUAACAUCCAAAGGUUUGAUUGUGCUCGCAUUAAGGAGGCGUUUUCGGACAUUGGCAAGCCUGCACCUACGCCUGUUGGGAUGAUAGACUCUUUAGGGGUAUUGACUGAGAAGUUUGGCAGAAGAGCUGGCAAUAUGAAGAUGUCAUCAUUGGCAACUUACUUCAAGCUUGGGCAGCAAAAGCACAGGAGCCUUGAAGAUGUUAGGAUGAACCUGGAGGUCCUCAAGAAUUGUGCAACUGUGCUGUUUCUGGAAUCAAGCCUUCCUAGCGUGUUAAAUGGCAACUGGCAUAGUUCUCCAACAGUUACAACUAGGAGUAGAAGUAAUGGAAAAUUGGCAUGCCGAGAUGAAACAACAAGCCGAAAAUCUCCCCCAACAACUGCUUCCAUUGGAUAUCAAAGAGCAGUUCCGUAUGCACCAAGGGGGAGUUUGGAAAAGGUGACAGAGAGGGUAAAGAAUCUAGUGUGUAGAGCACAAGGAAACCAGCCCCUCAGUAACAUAUUGAAGCAUUCUACGUCACUACUCCGGUGAUUAACUGACGAUUUACAAAGCAAAGGAUGGAGAGAAGCUAAUGAUGAUUACCUAACCAAUGGACAUCAAUACAUGCAUGUGCAGGUAGAUGCCUAGUCAAAAUUGUUUACACUAGGGGUCUGGGGAAUUUGCUGUUGAUAAUCU